AUGAUGAAGAGAAACAGGACACUGGUGACUGAGUUUAUUCUUACAGGGCUAACAGAUCGGCCAGAACUGCAAGUCCCCAUGUUCGUGGUGUUCCUGUUGAUUUAUGUCAUCACCAUGGUGGGCAACCUUGGCCUUAUUGCACUCAUCUGGAAGAAUCCCCAUCUUCACACCCCGAUGUACUCUUUCCUUGGCAGUUUAGCCUUUGCAGAUGCGUGUACUUCCUCCUCUGUGACCCCAAGAAUGCUUGUCAACAUCUUAGACAAUAGUCAAAUGAUAUCCCUCUUUGAGUGCAUGGCCCAAUAUUAUUUUUUUGGUUCCAGUGCAACCACAGAAUGUUUUCUCCUGGUAGUGAUGGCCUAUGACCGCUAUGUGGCCAUAUGUAACCCAUUGCUUUAUCCGGUGCUGAUGUCCAAGAGACUCUGCACUUGGUUGAUAAGUAUUUCAUAUGUCAUCGGUUUUCUGCACCCUGUUGUUCAUGUAGGAUUAUUAUUUAGAUUAACUUUCUGUGGGUCCAAUGUAAUACAUCAUUUCUACUGUGAAAUCUUGCCAUUCUAUACAAUUUCUUGCACUGAUCCAUCUAUUAAUGCAUUAGUGAUUUUUGUUUUUUCCACCUUUAUCCAAGCAUUUACUUUUAUGUCCAUCAUAAUUUCUUAUAUCCGAGUUCUCUUGGCCAUCUUGCAAAAGAAGUCUGAGAAGGGCAGACGCAAAGCCUUCUCCACGUGCAGUGGCCAUCUACUCUCUGUCUUCUUGUUUUAUGGCACUCUGUUCUUCAUGUAUGUGCUCCCUGGGUCUGGCCCAGAUAAGUAUCAGGAUAAAAUGUACUCCCUGUUCUACACAAUUAUAAUCCCUCUACUAAACCCCUUUAUUUAUAGCCUAAGAAACAAGGAUGUUUUAGGUGCACUGAGAAAAGUGAUAAAUUAA